AUGGGCCUCACCAUCUCUUCUCUGUUCUCCCGCCUCUUUGGCAAGAAGCAGAUGCAUAUUUUGAUGGUUGGAUUGGAUGCUGCUGGCAAGACGACUAUUCUGUAUAAACUGAAGUUAGGGGAGAUAGUUCCCACCAUUCCUAACAUUGGUUUUAACAUGGAAACAAUAGAGUAUAAGAACAUUUGUUUCACUGUAUGGGAUGUUGGGGGUCAAGAUAAAAUCAGGCCUCUCUGGAGGCAUUACUUCCAGAAUAGCCAGGGUCUUAUUUUUGUGCUAGAUAGCAAUGAUCGUGAAAGAAUUCAGGAAGGAGCCCAAGUACUGCAGAAAAUGCUUGAGGAAGAUGAGCUGCAAGAUGCAGUGCUGUUGCUUUUUGCAAACAAACAUGAUUUCCCAAAUGCUAUGGCUAUCAGCGAAAUGACAGAUAAAUUAGGCUUUCAGUCUCUCCGCAACAGAACAUGGUAUGUUCAAGCCACUUGGGCUACACAAGGAACUGGUCUGUAUGAGGGACUUGAUUGGCUGUCAAAGGAGCUUUCAAAAUGUCAAAUGAAACUGGAUAUCUAA